CGCCGAGCAGCCACUCAGUGCCGGGCUGAAGCUGAAGGAGCGCUGUGAGCUCCACAGUUCAGGAUCACAGAUCUGUGGAGCGACUCCUCGGCGCAGUCCGCUCACGGUGACAACUGCAGCAGCUCCUGCUCCAAACACAGCCGCAUGGAAGUACCACCGACGCCGACAACAUGCACCUCUAAACGCCUCUUUUGUCUAGCCUGAGGGGGGAGAAGUCUGCAAGAUCACUUUCCUUUCCUCCGCUGAGGUGAACCGAGCGUCAAAGGAUCUCUUUUUCGGCCAGCCUGUCUUCUUCUUUUCCCUCCCUUCUCUUCUCGCAGCUCGAUUUUUUUCCCUUCACUUUCCCCCCUUUCAAAGAAAGUGCUGCUGUCUCCUCAGAGUCUCCCUGCUCGUCCAGCACCCAUGAAUUCAGAUAAAAAUGUGUACCUCGGCAGAGACAAAGGCAUCAUGCGGAAGAGAGCCUUGCUCCUUCGGAAGGGUUGCAGCUUCGAGAUUACCAGCUCUGCCUCAGAGGACUUGGGCUGCAGACGUGGAGACUUCAGCAGGAAACACUAUGGUUCGGUCGAGCUGCUGAUUUCCAGUGACGCAGAUGGGGCCAUUCAGCGGGCAGGACGCUUCAGGGUGGAGAAUGGAUCGUCAGAUGAGACUUCGGACUACACUCCAGGAACCUGGAGGAGAACCGAUGUCCAUCUGGAGAAUCCAGAGUACCACACCAGAUGGUUCUUUAAAUACUUCCUGGGAAAAGUCCACCAGAACUAUGUGGGUACUGAUGCAGAGAAGAAUCCCUUCUACCUGUCAGUUGUCCUCUCAGACCAGAACAACCAGCGGGUUCCUCAGUACAGAGCCAUCCUCUGGAGGAAGGCGGGCACUCUGAAGAUCAGCCUCCCCUACAGCCCGACCAAAACACUAUCAGUGAAGUCUAUCCUAAGUGCAAUGAACAUGGACAGGUUUGAGAAAGGCCCCAGGGAGAUCCUCAACCCGGAGAUUCAGAAGGAUCUGCUGGUGUUGGAGGAACAGGAGGGUUCGGUCAACUUUAAAUUUGGUGUACUGUACGCCAAAGAUGGACAGCUCACAGAUGACGAGAUGUUUAGCAACGAGAUGGGCAGCGAGAGCUUUGAUAAGUUUCUCAAUCUGCUGGGUGAUGCCAUUACACUGCAGGGAUGGGCAGGUUACCGCGGAGGGCUAGACACCAAGAAUGACACUACAGGAAUCAAGUCCAUCUACACCGUGUAUCAAGGCCAUGAGCUCAUGUUCCACGUGUCCACCAUGUUACCCUACUCUAAAGAGAACAAGCAGCAGGUGGAAAGAAAGAGGCACAUCGGAAAUGACAUUGUUACCAUAGUGUUCCAAGAAGGGGAUGAUGCAUCGUCGUCCUUCAAACCUUCUAUGAUCCGAUCGCACUUCACCCAUAUUUUUGCAUUAGUUAGGUAUAAUAGCCAGAAUGACAGUUACAGGUUGAAGAUUUUCUCAGAGGAGAGUGUUCCGCUGUUUGGACCUCCUCUCCCUUCUCCGCCUGUAUUUACUGAUCACCAAGAAUUCAGGGACUUUUUAUUAGUCAAAUUAAUCAAUGGAGAGAAAGCCACACUGGAGACGCCAACGUUUGCCCAGAAGCGUCAGCGGACCCUCGACAUGUUGAUCCGCUCGCUCUACCAAGACCUCAUGCCUGACCUGCACAAGGUUCCUUUUUCUCCCCAGAACAUGCUAAACCGACGGUCCUUCAGCGACGUGCUGCCCGAGUCUCCAAAGUCGGCACGCAAGAAGGAGGAGGCACGGCAGGCCGAAUUUGUCAGAAUAGGGCAGGCCCUGAAGCUGAAGACCAUCGUGAGAGGAGAUGCCCCGACGAGCCUCGUUACCACAGGCCUGUGCAGAAAAGAGCCGUGGGAGUCCCAGUCGUUCUGCAGCACGUUCCCCUAUGAGAUCGUGUGCGCUGACUCCUGGGGUCAGUCUCUGCUGACUGCCACCGACACGGCGGGGGUCAUGCUGCUAGAUGGCCCUGAUCCCGCCCUGUCAAGCAGCGAGACGCAGACGGUGCUCCCGGUGCAAGUGUUCGACAAAACCAUGGUGGUGAAGCAGAUGCACGUUCUUGAGCCUCAGGACCUGCUCAUCACCCGAGCUGACAAAGGCAAGGACGCUCGGCUCUAUGUGUUCAGACUCAGCGCGAUGAAGAGAGGCCUGGAGGAGAGGCAGCUCGUCCGAAGCAAGUGUGACAGCCGCGAGAAUAAGCUGGAGAAAACUAAAGGUUGUCAUUUGUACUCUAUCAACACCCACCACGGCUCAGAGCUGAGGAUAGUAGCAGCCAUCAGGAACAAACUCCUCCUCAUCACCAGGAAACAUCCACGUUUUGAAGGUUUCAGCGCCGUCGCCUCAGGAGCAGAUUCUCCAGUGGAGGAGUUUCAGUACAUACGGGAGAUCUGUCUGUGUGACCCGCCGGUGGUGAUGGCGCUGGUGGACGGACCGACGGGGGAAAAUGACAACAUGAUCUGUGUGGCCUACAAGCAUCAGUUUGACCUGAUCAAUGAGAGCACUGGAGAUGCCUACCGGCUACAUCAUGUAGACGCCAACAGGGUAAAUUUUGUAGCAGCCAUUGAUGUGUAUGAAGACGGGGAGGCGGGUCUGCUGUUGUGUUACAACUAUAUUUGUUACUAUAAGAAAGUUUGUCCGUUUAACGGCUCCACGCCGAUGAUCCAAUCCAACACCUCCGAUUUCCACUUCAGCUGGAACCAGAUGCCCAACGCUAUUGUUUGUGCAUUUCCUUACAUCCUGGCCUUCACAACGGACUCCAUUGAGAUCCGACUGGUGGUGAAUGGAAACCUUGUGUACACAGCGGUGGUCCCAGAGCUGCAGUUGUCUGCUUCACGGUCGGACAUCUAUUUUGUUUCGUCGGCUCCAGUGAGCUCAGCCUCCAACUGCAGUUCCAGAGACACCAGCUCCCAGAGUUCCCCACAGACGCCCACCGGCUACGAGAUGCCCGUGUUCCCUUCGCCGCUCGGAGACGAUUCUAUACGGAUCCCCUAUGGUACCAAGCUUUCCCUGUACAUGUCUAAGGAUGCCGAAGGCGAAGCUGCAUGUAAGCACAUCUUCAAGAUCCCUCUCUGUAACUUGGUGGGCCGCAGCAUUGAAAGACCCUUGAAGUCGCCUCUGGUCAACAAGGUGCUGACGACGCCGGCCCCAACCAUGGUGCCCCCAACGCCCCUCAUCUCCGCCACGCACUCGCUUUCCCUGUCCCGCAUGGAGAUCAAAGAGAUAGCCAGCCGCACACGGAAGGAGCUGCUCGGCUUGACAGAGGAACCCAGUGGGAAGUCAGACAGCGGAUCGGUCAAACAGAGGAAGAUGAGCAAGAAGAACACUGAGGAAGAGCCCAAAGGACGAGCGCUGACGUCAACAAACAGCGACAGGUUAGCCUCAGAGUCCAUUGAAGCAGACCUGGACGUCCAGCUGCACUGUUCGUCCGGUUCGGAGGCUGAGCCGGAGAAGGCGGUGCUGCAGGCAGAGAGUCCACCUCUAGCUAGUGCAUUCGCUCUCUCCACAUCCUUCGAAGAAGAUGUCCUGGACCUAAAGUGAAGACAAUCCCAUUGUGCACUUCUCUGCCCACCCACUCCUGUACUGUCACCAUUAUUUUAUUGUUUGGUUUUAAAUUUGUUUGUUGAAUUCCUUUAUCUUGUCUUUUUUUGUUUGUUUGUUUGUUUGUUUGUUCACAUCCCAGUAUUAUGGGCCUCCUCAUUCAUCGGACAACAUGGGUGCAGUGGGAGUCAGAGGACAUGUUUGUGUGCGUGUUUGUUUUCGUGAGCAGUCCCUCAGCCACUGUGUGUUGGGUGUUUGUGUUGCCCCCCGCAGCAAAUAACCCAAAGAGGCGUUGAGGUUGUGUAAAACGCCGUGGUGUGUAUUCAGACUUCUGCAACAGCUCUGAAGUAACAGUUUGAUCCCAAACCACAAACUGAAUGUAAAUCUGCGCACCGAGGCACGACAAAAAUCUCUGCGUUCACCAUUCCCUCUGAAGUCGCUAGAGCUUAAAAUGUGUUGUAUAUUCUGUGAUUAUUUCCAGUCCACUUUCAAAUGUUGUAUGAUAUGCAUAUGUAUGUGUACAUCUGUUUAUACAUGAAGAUGCACACGGUGGCAGGCGUAUAUGCUUGUAUGGCCUGUGAUGCAUAUUUAUAGAUAUAUUAUAAAAAUCGAUUUUAUUCCCAUAUUUAGUAAAGGUAUGAUGUUUUAUGCACAUUCAAGUCCUUAUUCUUCUCCUUCACAGUAUACAGGUAGACAGGGCUGGAGGCAAAGUCUCCCACAAGUGCCAUUUCCCAGCAUCCUCCAUUGAACUACACCUCGACACAGCCGCCGUAUUCUGGUGUCUGACAGUAGCAGCCAUGAUUGUAGUUCACAUUUGAUUACAAAGGUGACCCACGACUCUGAUGAGUUUGAAUUCACUUACUGGGGGCACUCUCUUGAAGCCACAUGCACUAAAAAUUUAACCCCAUAACAAAGAAACAACCUGAAAUCUGCAUGACCUGCCUUCACUACUGUACAAGUGUUGUGUUUUCUGCGCCACAAAUUAGCUUCUUUGAAAAUCCUGAAGUCGCAAACAAAUCACAACCUGAGACUACAGAAAAAGUGUGGCGGCCCCUUUUUUCAUAUUUGACGGACCAAGAAGACAAACCACAAAUUUUUAACAAAAACUGAAUACAGCACAUUACAUAAAAAUAAGCGAUAAAAGCGUGACUUUGGUAACAAAUAAAAAUAAGCAAGCAUGACCACAAAUUCCACAAAUACAACUAAGUGUGAAUUAGUUUUUGUCUUUCUCUGUAUAUGGAAGGUGUAGAAAGAUGGUUAUUUUGAAGAAACAGUGUAGAAACUUUAAAAAAUAAAUUGUCUAUGUUGCACGGUGCCCAUUUCAAAUACAUACAGAAAAUCUACUCUUCCUUUAGAUCAUUGUAUUUCUAGGAUCAUGUCGACUAACUAAAACUCAAACCAAGAUCGAACUUAAAAUGAGAACUUGCAUCGAAAACACAACCCUAUUUGGGAUUCAGCGCUGACAGCACCAGCCGCGACAUUUAAACUUGAUAUCUAUCAUUUUAAAUCUUCGGGACCAGAAGCCUUGUUAGUUUUCAUCUUGUUCUCAAGUGACAGACGGAUUUAAAGCGGCACAAUGACUUAUGGCACAAUUCAGCAGGCAGAGACGCAUCUUGAAAGCCAACACACCCGCACACACUUUAAUUUACUGAUCAAUUGUCCGAUGCAUUCCUAACAGAGCUGACAGGUGUGUUGGUCAGAUCCUGACAGCAGUUACCGGCAAUUCGAUGUCCUUCAAUCAAAAUCUGUCAAGAAGGAGCAUUUAGUCUGCAAAUUUUUUUAUUCCUGCUUGUCCCUGACUUUUUUUUAUGAUCGUGUAAAAAUGAACAAAAUCCAUAGAGUUGGACUACUGAGAGGAGGCAGGUUUUAAAAAGACAGUCUUGAUUUUUAGUCUCUAAUUUGAAUCAAGUUUUAAAAAUGAUGCAGCAGUGUCCUGCAUUUUCCACAUGACAGCAUCUCAUUAAACCCUCUCUGCCUUUUGAAUGUCCACUUCUUUCGCACUGACAUCAGCCGUCCUGUGUUGUAAACAAUAUCUCAUACUGCAUUCAUGUCAUAUGAGUUCACUACAACUUUCAAGCAGUAAAUAGAAUUUUCAAAUUGGCGCUUAAUACAUCUGUGCCUGAAAACCAAACUAAGGACGUCUCAAAGACGGGCAUUCGAUGGGAUUAAUCCCAACUUAAAUACAUAUGGUGUAUGUAUUUAUUAUGUAAUCAUACAGCUGUCUCAAGUUGUUAAUAUUGCAUUUUUUCUCUUCUCUGUCACCCAUCUCAUGUGAUUGAAAUACGGCAUAAAUCUCAAGCCCAGGCACUGUCAAACACGUUUUUUUUAAGACUGCAAAAAGUACGUUAAACUUCACUCGUAAAACUAGUGGAGUGCUCUUUUAAAUAGCAAAAUGGUUUGGAAAAUAGACACUUAAAAACCACAAAAAAAGUUUGGUCAAUGUGAUCACCUUACAAUCAGUAACAUGAGUCCUGUUAGUCAGUGCGAACACUGACUCUAUCAUGAAACAGGGGAAAAUGUUCAGAUUAACAGUCAGUAAAACCAAAGGAGAAAUUAGUGCUUACGAAUGCAACAAAACUCUAGUAGUGGUUCUGACAAUGCUUUGUGGGUAUGAGAGCGCCUCAGUAUGGUGGCUUCACAACACAGCAGCCUUCAGAUCUUGCAUGAGCCUCCUUCACGCCUUUCCUAUAUUCUCCUCCUGCCUGCCUCAGCGUGAAUCCCUCCAACUCUAUAAGAAAACUCAGAAAAAGGGAAAAAGAAGCCCGAGGUGGUGGUGGGGGGGAUUUUUACAAUGGUACUCCAGUGUUUAUUACUCUAAACAAAGGUGGCUGACUGGGGGAACGCCGCUUCUCCCGCUUAUGUCUUUCCUAUUUCUCCUGUAUUUCUGUCGAGUACUCUUUGUUUCUACCUCCCCUUGGCAUUUUCACGUUUUGUUUUUAGUUUUUUUGUAUUUGAAUCUAUAUUUACUGUUUAGACUGUUGCUGAACCUCUCUGUGAUAUCAAAACGAAAGAAAAUUAACAAAAAAAACACCAAGUGUCUUAAAAUAUUGUAUCGCCAUCGUUUUUAAUGCCAAGUACUACUUGUAAAUGUUUGUGUAUCAAAUGUGGCCUCAAAUGAAACUGAACUAUAUUAUUAUUAUUAUUUGAGCAGUUAUUUUAAAAAAGUGCUGUAGACCACUGCUGUGAAAGUAGUUGAUUCUGUUCAUUGAUAUGUAAUAAAUAUUUAUGAAAUUUGA